UUAGAGUUUACUUAAUUGAGCUUAAUUAUUUACUGUAGGUAGAAUUAAAUUACCUGCAAUAAUCAGUGAUUACUGUUUUAGACAGAAACCUAGUUUGUGGGUUUUAGUGUUUUAAAAUCUUUAACUUUUGUGACAACUCUGAAUCGCGUAUACCCGGUGACACUGCAAACCAAAACGAAAAACGCGGGGCUACCGAAAAGGGCGACUGGCAACAGCUGAGUUGCUUUUGCAAAGAAACAUGCCGAAUGACCUCCUCUGUGCUGUAACCAUUCUACGGUUCUAAACGAAGUCGUUGGAUUUUUGACAGUUCAAGAUAUCACUCGAGCCUUUCCAGAUCUUACAAUAAGGGCUGAAAUGACCGCUGCCAGAACACAAGUUUUGUUUUCCCCUUGGAUUAAUGCAAAAGCUAUGACAACGACCAUGAAUGGGUGUGUAAUUAAAACAAUGGGGCCGUAGCCGUUUGAUCGAUACAGGGUGAUGUUGACACCCCGUGUAAGAGUUGAUUGGAGCGAAAUGUCUCGAAAACCGCGAGUUAAGGCAGCGGGUUCGUUUGGAGUCAUAGAAACUGUAAACAAUGCUGCAACUCUCUGACGCGAAAAAUCACAGCGAUGUUCACCAAUCGCAAGGGCGGGAUUCCCUCGGUUGCCGGGAGGCCCCGAAUGUUGUCUUCUCUGUAAAAAGGUGCACGACUCAGCGGCGAAAGUCAGGAUUUUUCUCCUGAGGACGUCAGCGUCCGAUAUUGAAGGAAUUUCAGACUAACACUUUGGAAAACAUAUAAUUAAAUGCCUCAACAAUCAAAAAUAACAUGUUACACAGCCUGGGCAAAUGUGCGAUGUUCAUCACUUGAUCGACCACUCAGUAAUGUAUUUACAGAUCUAUUCACAAAUACUCAUUUGAAAUCCUUGGUAGAAGGCUUCACUGGACGGUCACCAAAGAAUAUGCAGAGCAUGACUUGCUGCCACUCAAGCCGACAAGUUGCUGCACAGUUUGAGUUGUUAUUGGUCGAACUGCGGACAGCAGGCAUUAUACCAGAGAAUAGCAAAAUUGAUUGUGGCAUAAUUGCCAAGAAAAAUACUAAACGUAUAAAGGAACUACUGUGGAGGUUAAUAGUGCAUGAUAUUCAAUUCACCUGGGAACGAUCCAGCCAACUCCAGCUUGACAAUGAUAAACUGGUCUGCUCUGUUUGCUUCAUGUGGACCCCAAAGGUUCGAUCACCAGACCAGGAGAAUUCUAUACAACAAACAAGCACACCUCUGUCAUUUUUUGAUGAUCUUGAGACAUUAAUAGGUUCCACAGAACAAUCUUCUAUUUCUUCCCUGAUUGAAUCAUUACAAUUGCAGGAUUUUGAACCUUUUCCAGGUCGUGAGGUAGCUAAAAUUUUUAACAGGAAGAUUCCUAAAGAAGGCUGGGAUUACUACCCUUCCGGUGUUGAAUGCAUCCUGGAUCUUAUUAAUGCCCAUCUACAGAUUGCAUCAGAAGGCCACAAACUCCUCGUGAAAGAUUUAAGUGACUUGAUAGAUAGUCAUGUCUGGUGCUAUCUGGUAAACUCCUUCAUGCCUGGCACGUUCAUUGUGGAAAUGCUACCAUGUGACAGAUGGAUAACAAAUCUUGCUUUAAAAACAAUGGAAGAAUUGAUUUGUACAUCGACCUCUUUUACAUCACAAGAUCUGCUUGAGGUGGAUUCUAAGGCUCUCUGUGCCUAUAUGUGUUUUAUUUUUAUGAGCGGCUACAAGUUCAAGCAAUCCAAAGCGGUUACAAACUGCAUUGUGAAGCUGAGCUGGCUUCAUGCUUCAUAUGAUGUGCCAUUCUGCCAGAAUUGGAGUGAGCGUGCUUACAAGGUACAAAAAAAGACAAAGGAGACUAUUUCUCGGAAAUUGAUACAGCUAUUUGAAACAGUUAUUGUACCGAGGAAUAUGUCAAUGAAUGAUCUAUGCUUGUCAUUGGCAAUGGCUUUCAAACAAACUAAUUGCUUCUAUCUUGCAACGGAGAAAGAGACCUUCCCGGAAAGUCGAAAAAUAGUUCUUCAGGAUAAGAAGACCAAGAAAUUUGUUGAAGAUUUCUCAGGAUAUCAAAUUAAUGUCUCAGUUCGAAGGAUCUUGAAACUUCCAUUAACUGGUGUGGUUGAGGUUAAUCCAAAUGCUUAUCCAGAUUAUCAUUUAUUUUUUGAAAGUAAAACAAGAAAUAAGAAACUGAAGAUGAACAUGUGUGUUUUGUACCAAGUAUUUCCUGGCAGCCCAGGCUAUUGGCAGCAAACUUUCUUACAAGCGAUAAAAAAUGGUGACUUCCAAGUUGUGAAAAAUAUGGUUCAGUUUUUCAAGGAUUCAUGUAUUGAUGUUAUCCAUUCAAAAGAAUCAGUCUCUGGCAAUGGAUCACUGCAUUUGGCAUGUCGGAAGGGCCAUUUUGAUAUAGCUCAUGAAUUGUUAGAGAAUGGAGUGUCUCUUGAUGCAAGAAAUACCAAUGGGUUAACUCCAUUCUUCUUUGCAGCAGGGAGACAGCAUCGUAAAAUAUGCCAGCUUUUGAUUGAAUGGGGUUGUGAUGUACAAGCAAAGGACUUGAAAAAUCGCACAGCAUUUGAUGGAAUUCGAAGUGAAAAAUUCAGAAAGUUCUUGCUGAGUUACUAUGCUUAUUGGUCAUCAGCAAUCCCCAUGAUCGUCCAUGGGGACACAGAUAUUCUUGAAGAUAUGGUUCACAAUCACUUAACAAAUAUGAGUUUCAUGAGCAGUCCAAGAAGCAGAUGCAUUAAUGGUAGCACAUUAUUACAUACUGCUGCAUACUUUGGGAAAACAGAUAUCAUUGAAACACUUCUACAAUUGAAAGUUGACGUUAACCUAUUGGAUUACAAAGGAGCAACUCCAUUACAUCGGUCACGCGAUACGGAGACAAUGCAGUUGUUGAUAUAUCACGGAGCUGAUGUAAACAGGUCAGAUGCAGACGGCAAUACACCAUUGCAUGUAAUAUGUUUUGGUGAAAUGAAGAAACCAGCUAGAUUAGGCUGUUUAGAAAUUUUGCUGUCUUGUAAAGCUGCAAUAGAUAGAUGGAACAAUAAAGAGCUGCUGCCAAUCCAUUGUGCUGCGAUGCAAGGUAGAAUAGAUGUUAUUCAGCUUCUCUGCAAAUUCGACUCUGAGGAACAAAUGGUCACAAAAUUAAUGAAGGGAAGUGCUCCAAGUUUGCUCUACUUGUCUCUGGCCAAUAAUCACACUGAAUGUGCAAAAUGGCUCAAUGAAAAAGACUUCAGCUUUAAAGCUGAAGAACAGGAAGAAUUGAUGUUUGGACUACUACAUGAUGAAAUAAAAGUGCCAGAAAAAGUUGAAAGUCUGGAAUUACUUAUAAAGAAUGGAGUCAAUAUUAAUGCAUUUGACAAACAUGGGGACAGUGCUUUACACCUUGCUGCUGUUAAAGUUAGUUGCACUGAACUUCUGACAUUACUGCUAUCGAACAAUGCUAAGGUGGAUGUAUUGAAUCGUGAUCACUGCACUCCUCUGUUCUUUGCAGUUCAGACAUCGAACUAUUACGGGGCAAGUCUUCUAAUAAAACAUGGGGCAGAUAUAAAACAAAAAAAUAAUCAAGGUGUUAGUGCAUUUGAUUUAAUUCAAGAUUAUCAUGAAUGGAUUGAGAGUGGUUGCUUUACAGAGGAGAUAGUUGUUUUAUUAAAGGCUUAUGAAAUCAAGCAAGCUUGCAGCCUUGUUCGAAAUAUUAACCGGAAACUGAAGUUAGAGGAAGCAAGUCAGCAGUCAUCUAUCAUGCGAUUGAGACAGGCAACUUUAAGCCAACCUUGCUUUUGGGUUCAGACGUAACCAAAAACAUUCUAUCUUCAAAAAAUGUAAUUUCUGGUGCUCUGAUACCCAAUGAUUAUUUUUGGUACUCGUGACAUAAAUAGAUUAUAGCAGGAAUUUGUGGAUAUUAAGCAAAACUGUCUACAAUAUUAUUCAAUCAUUAAGUUGAGUUUUUUUUGAUUUUGACAUCAUUUUGUCAAUCUUAUUACAUUCAAAAACUAAGUUUGGCUUCAACAUAAAUUUUAUUUUGUCCUUGGAGUUUUAUUUAAUUAAGACUAGAAUUUUUUUGUUCCUAGCAUUGCACUACCAGAAACUAUUAAAAUAUUUUGUGGCUCACUUCCUCUUUAGUCUUUUUUAAGCUUUUGGCCAUCAUGUCAAUUUUGGAAAGGAUGUAAUUAUUUUUGAAGUAUUACCAUUUUUUUCCUUUCCGUGUCAGUCAGCAGUUUAAGUAGCUGGGUGAAGCUCAUAAUAAAGCAGAUUCCCAAUGGUUUGUGGAAUACAUGGCUUUGAUGGUUUAAUAGGCCCUUCAUGUUUUUCACUGAGAGAUGUUCACCAAAGCUCAGGGCCAGUAAUUUAUAUGUAGUAUGUUUAAAAUAAAAAACUCAUAAAGUAAAAUUUGCAUUAUCUGCAUUCUAAAUUGGAAUCCUCCUCCAACCAGCAUCACCAAGUGCUUCUGAGAAGUGAUUAUUUAAUCUGUUGCCAGGUUACAAAAUGUAGUAUUCCAUGAGCCGUCA